AUGAAGCUCUUCGCGACCUCUAUCCUCACUCUCGCCCUCCUGGGCAUCGUUACCACUGCUUCCAGUCUCGACGAUGAAGCCUGCAACGAAGGCGAGAAGCAGUGCGCUCUCAAUGGUCAGAUGAUUGAUCAAUGUGUCAACGGCAAGUGGACGAUUGUCAAUAUCUGCAAACCUGGCGAUAUCUGCGCUGAGCAUGCUACAGCUCUGUGUGCUUCGAACCCCGAUGGAAACGUCCCGUUCAGCGCAGAGAGCGAUACUUCCGCUGUUGAGGAUUUUGGUAACGAUGGUGUCAAGUUCACUGUCACUGAGGAAUGCCAUGAUGGCGACGCGCAGUGCGAUAUCCUUCCACUCAUCCUACUUAGCCGCUACGCUACCAAGCGCUGCAAUAACAGCCACAAGUGGUUCAUCGAUGUGUUCUGCAACCGAGAGGAUGUCUGCAUUGCGGAGCCUUAUCCUCACUGUGCCAGUCUCGAGGCUGUUGACAAACGUGAAGAAGGUGAUAGCAAAGAUGGAGGUAAAGACGUCAUCAAUGCUGUUCAGAUCAACAAAGUCGAACUGCCAUGCACAAAAUGCAAGAGAUUUCGCGAUGAGUGCACCACGAAUUGUUACAAGUCGGUCCAUUGGAGGACGCGGGCGUGGUGCCAGAAGACAUGUAUCAACAAGAUGAAGGACUACUUUGUUGAAGACGGCAACCAUGGAACGUACCGCGGUACCUGUAGGUACUACUGCCCGAACUUGUGA